CUUGUCAUUGUCCCGUUGUACCUCUGCAUCAGACAUGCUACCAACCCAGCCUGCAUAAGACCUUGAGCUUCAUCGUAUAAGACAGUGUCAUGACCUCCAAGAACACGGUAAAUUUUUAUUCGGAAGCUGUAUUUCAAGUGCUUCAUCCAUAGGAACUAGUCCGUUCAGGUUCUCGACGCAUUCUUUCCGGCUACAUCAUUCUUCGACGCCGACCAUGUCGUCACCUUCUCUCAUACCACAACCUCCUCCAAUCAGCGAUGAUUCUUCGCACAGAAUGAUUGAGGGACGUCAUGACAAAAGUCUAGAUGGCGGACGGCGCACCGAACACAUGAUUUCAUUUUCCAAUUUCGAACUGUCAAGUUCAUCCACGAUCCAAUACACUGAACAUUUACCACAUGGUGCUGAGUCUCUGGGCCGGUUCGAGGGCGCAAGCCGCCUUCAUUUGUCUUUGGGACAUCAAGCUGCCAAUCCUCCGAGAUCCGACGAGUAUAUCUCUGACACUGGACACGUCGCGCCAAAACCUGAUGGCACAAGAAUUUGCCUCACAUCGCACACGGCUCCGAACUCUGGAAUUCCGGGUCAGCCCUCGCUCGAGGCGGGUGGAGCGAAGGAGGCGAAGUGUUUCUGCGAGAACCUGGAGCUCGGCAUCAUGCCGCCUGCUCGCCUAAUCCACAACGGUAAUCUUUACAGAGUAAAGCAAGACCCAGUUGAGUAUCUAUCAACUUUGGAGAAGCCAUUCGCGGUUCCAUUUGGAUAUGUCAUCUUGCAUGGUGCCAAAGACUGGGUCACGGAGGGAACCUUGGUCGUAGGCUGUUAUCGAUCGGCCCUUGCUUGUUUCCAAUGUAAGAAGACCGUUAAAUGCGACAAAGAGCUAAGACCUGAUCAGAUCAAUGGGCUCUUGUCAACUAUAGAAUGACCUGACUCCUUAGACCUGCUGUCAUUCUCGUAGAUGCCAUUCAGAACGACCGAAAGGAACGAGAUACUGAUACGUUUUAAUAUACGCCAUCGGGUCUGGGCAGAGAUUGAAGGUAGUGUCUACAUCAGGAUUGAAAUAUGUACAGGUAGCGCGGUUUAUCGAGGUUGAAGCAAUAAAGCCAUUGGUAUUCACUUGAUGGAUCCGCAAUGGAGGCGCCAUUUGUGACGUCAAGUAUUUGUAUGUACGAUCUGCACAACGGCCAGGACUUUCGUGACCUCUAUUCCUAGAAUACGGCAGAUGAAUUUUUUGACGCGGACCAAAGGUUCGAGGUCGCAUUCCUGGAAGAUUACUUUGAUGAACCGACCAGCCGAGGGCUUGUGAUUUGGUUGGAGGCUACGCUCCCUAGUCUUGGCAGCCUUCCGGCUUUGAAAAGUCUAUGUAGG